GGUGAGGGGGUGGGGGGCUGCGCAGAGAGAAGGAGCAAGAAAGGGGGAAAGAAGAACGCGUGUGAUGGACGCCGGACGUUUGGACGGAGAUGGAGAGGGGGCGAAGUGAAAGACCGGCGAGUCACGCAGGCGAAAUAGCGGUGCCGGACCGAGCGAGACGGGGGGAGUAUCUGCCUUGUGCGUCUCCCCGCUGUGACCCAGCUGGAAGCUCCGAUGCGGACGAGGCGCAGGAGGGCACGGCGGAGGCGACGGUGAAAGGGGGCGGAGGGCACGAGGGCGGAAGACCCACCUGGGGAAUCGGGCGAACGACGUUCAUCUAUUUUUUUUUUUACACACACACGCACCCGCGCAAAAACCGUGAAGGUGCCAGUUGAGCAGGACUUAUGUCAAAUAUGAGCUGGGCCUUUCUAACCCGUCUUCUCGAAGAAAUCCACAACCACUCCACCUUCGUGGGCAAGAUCUGGCUCUCGGUGCUUAUCGUCUUUCGUAUCGUGCUGACGGCUGUCGGUGGGGAAUCCAUUUACUCGGACGAGCAGAGCAAGUUCGUGUGCAACACCAAGCAGCCGGGUUGUGAGAACGUCUGCUACGAUGCCUUCGCUCCUCUCUCCCACGUGAGGUUCUGGGUCUUCCAGAUCAUCCUCAUCUCCACCCCGUCCGUCAUGUACCUGGGCUACGCCAUCCACAAGGUUGCUCGGACUUCCUCCUCCGAGGAAGAGGAUCGGGAGGAAGAGGAGAUGGAGAUGGAGAGGAGGCUGAGGUUCUUCAGGAAGAGGAGGGCGCCUCCUGGCGUCCGUUGGCAGAACCUGCGCGGGCCGGAGAGGACGGGGGAAGGGGAGGAAGAAGACGAGGAGGAGCCCAUGAUGUACGAGGAGGUGGCGAGGGAGAAGGAGAGGGAGGGGAGGGGAGUGGGGAGGCCACAGAGGCACGAUGGGAGGCGCAGAAUCAGGCAGGAAGGACUGAUGAGGAUGUACGUCUUCCAGUUGAUCUGCAGGGCCCUGUUUGAGGUGGGCUUCCUAGUGGGACAGUACCUCCUGUACGGCUUUGAGGUGCACCCCUCCUACGUGUGCACCCGGCAGCCGUGCCCCCACACCGUGGACUGCUUCGUGUCGCGACCGACAGAGAAGACGGUCUUUCUCAUCGUCAUGUACGUGGUGAGCUGCCUCUGCCUCCUGCUCAACCUGGGAGAGAUGGUCCACCUGGGUAUGGGGACGGUCAGGGACGUGAUCAGGAGCCGGAGGAGGCGAGGCAGGACCAGCGCCCGCCCCUUCCCGUACCCUUUCCCUCGGAACAUCCCAGCCUCGCCGCCCGGAUACAACAUGGUGGUCAAACCCAACGUGACGGGCAGCAAGGUCCCCAACGGCCUGCUGGCCCACAAACAAGUCCUGGGCAACGUGGCUCAGGAAGUUCCGUGCACCAGCCCGGACGACAAUGUGCCCCCAGACCUGGCCAGGCUGCACAGCCACCUGAGGGAGGCACAGGAACGGCUGGACGUGGCCUUUCAGACUUACAACAGCCGGGGGAACGGGCAGAAAUGCAGGGCGGGCAGUCCAGGCUCUGGGGGCUCAGUGGCGGAGCAGAACCGGGUCAACGCAGCCCAGGAGAAGCAGGGAGCCAAACCCAAACCCGGCUCUGACAAAGGGAGCUCCAGCAGCAAAUCCGGGGACGGGAAGCCAUCAGUGUGGAUCUGAACCAUGUUUGUCC